AUGGCUCAAGAAAACCAGGAAAAUAUUCGGUAAGUUCAAUUUAACCCCCAAAUUAAUAUAAUAUCGAGAGUCUCGUUUAUAUAAUCGAUUGCUGUAGGAGAAAUGAAUUGAUGGCAGAGUUGGAAAAUGACGAGGUCAAUCGCCAGCUUUGUGCCGUGGACAUAUUUUCUUGGUCACCCGAAACUCAGGAACAAGUUCUCGCUGAAUGGGACGGCUGGCAGGAGCCAACCGCGGAAAAGCCGGGCAAUUGUUGUGUUAGGAGUGUGGUAAAGUGUUUGCACGGCCCGAUAGUCUCAAGCGUCAUAUGAAACGAGUACAUACUAGCGAGAAGUCAUUUCCUUGUGAACGAUGUGAAAAAUCCUUUGCAACCCUUGAUACGUUGAAACGCCCAGGGCCUUUUUUAACAUACAAGCUGGGGGGGGGGCAAAUGCCCCGCCCCCAGUCCCCCUUGUGCACCCCCACGAAAUCACAUUUUGCCUUCCCCCCCCCCAGGAAAAGUCCCUUUUUUCUAAAAUUAUACAAACAAACCAGCGAAGAUUAAAAUAGAUAAACGGAAAGUAAGUUUUAGGCUUUAUCCUUUGUCCUUGUGUUAAUAAAAUCGAUUUAAAUUGUUACGUUUUUCUACCAUCAAGUAAUGAUAAAUUAUUGUUAAUAAUUUUUUAUUUUUUGGAUGCUCAGAAUGCAGGAAAUAGUAUUUCCGGGUUUCAAAUUACAAAAAUUUUCUGGGAAUUAUCCCUCUAAUCAAUAAUGAUAAAUUACGGUUAAUAUUCUUUUUUACUUUUUGUGCAAUUUCCCUUCUUUUAUUUCAAAUACAAGUAUAGUUAGCAUAAAUUUUAGAGCAAAUUUGGAUGCUCAGAAUGCAGGAAAUGGCAUUUUCGUGCUUCAAAUUUCAAAAAUUUUCUGGGGGAGUACACCCCCACACACGUGACCAUUGCUAUCCUCCUCUCAUAAGUAAUGAUAAACUAUGGUUAAUUUUUUUUAAUUUUUUGUGCGUUUUUUCCUUUAUUUAUUUCAAAUACAAGUAUAGUUAGCAUUAAUUUUGGAGCAACUUUGGAUGCUCAGAAUGCAGGAAAUGACAUUUCCGAGAUUCAAAUUUCAAAAAUUUUCUGGUGGAGUACACCCCCAGGCCCCAGACCCACCUUUCAUGCGUGGUAUAUUGGCCACACAUGUGGCCUUCAGCCAUUACUAUCCCCUUCUAAUAUAUUACCUCACAGAAAGGUCCCUUUUCAAAAAAUGCCCCCCCCCCCCACGGGAAAAUCCUUAAAUAAGGCCCUGGAAACGCCAUGAGAAAUCCCACAGCGAGAGGGGGCACGAAUGUUCGAAAUGUCACAAGAAAUUUGAUCGAAAGUUUCGUAGAGAUUUGUAUUAAUAUAUAAACCGUAACAAUUAUAUGUAUAGACAUUGUGUAAUAUGUAUAGAUAUACGCUGUUCCCUAAAUAAUUAUACUUCAUGUUCUUUAAAGGAUAAUCUGAACCGCCACAUGAAAAUGCACGAACGACGAGGAGCCGAAGGGGAAUAUACUUGUAAUGUAUGUGGUGAAGUAUUCCGAAAUAUAUUCCCAUUCCAAGCUCAUCAGCGUGAUGUCCAUCAAGUCGGUGGUGGAAAACGUACCAAGACGUCAACCCGGCGAACGAAAAGACAAAGAACUGAUGAACCGGGUAUGUAUAAAUGAAAAUAUUUCGAUUACUGACUUUGAUUACUGAUUACCGACUAAACGAAUAUUUUCUCUUUUAAGAACCGCCAAGACCUUCGACACCGGUGAACGAAGGUAAGCAUUCGUUGUGUGUUUUCCGUUGCUAUGCAACGUUGUCAAACACCACUAAUACAUUUUUCUCCUUUUCAGGAGCUUCUACGUCUACUGUCGUCAACGAAGGUAUGAAAUUCAAUUUUAUACCGUAUAUAGUAUAUUUAAAUUUAUUUGAUUGUGGUGAACUUUGCCGAUUUGAUGUGUACUGACAAUGUUAAUUACUCGCAACCUUUUUGCUUAAUUCGGUUUUAAAACAUUGCCUGAAGAAAGAAAUGGUUUAGCACGUUGUCAUUGGUUUUUACAACCACUCAAAAAAUCCUAACGUUUACAUUUGAAAAAUAUUUUCAUGAUAGAAGGUUGUUAAGAGUAAUUUGCAUUUUCACUGAUGUUUGUGUUUUGAAAACCAUACUUUUACUGAUAAAAAUAAUCGAGUAAUUUUUAUAGCGUGGGUUUAUCAUUUUGUCAAGUAAAAUUUGCAUGUUCCUAAUUUAUUCAUGUUAGACUUAUGUUCAUUUGAUUUAGAACUAUUAAUUUAACUACAUUUAUUCGUUUUAUGUCAUGGUACGAGCAGUUAUACUGCAUCGUUUAGUAACCAGGGGCGUAGGAAGCACCUGGAGUUUGGGGGGGCACCGGCUUGUAGGGGCACAUUACUAUCGGAAAGGGUACCUAAAAAAUUUUCCCCGGAAAUGUUGUCGACGGGCGGGGGGGGGGAGAGAAAUUUCUCCUGAGGAAAAUUUUCCGUCGUAUCAUACCGAAAUUUAUGUUUGUGACCUAAUUUUUAAAAAAAAUUUGUAAAUUUCCACACAAAAACGGCACCUAUUGUUUUAAUUUAGUAUUUACAGCGACAUUAGCUUCUACAAAAGGGGCACUUUUCCUCACAAAAAAGGGCACUUUUCAACACAAAAAGGGCACUUUUUAUCACAAAAAAGGGCACUUUUAGUCCUUUAAAAAAAUUUGGGGGGGCACGUGCCCCCCGUGGCCCCCCGCUUCCUACGAGCGAGUAAUUUUCAUAGCGUGGGUUUAUCAUGUUGCUAUGUGAAAUUAGCAUGUUACUAAUUUAUUCAUGUUAGACUUAUGUGGAUUUUUUAUGAAUCGGGUGUUUGUAUGAACAAAAUUAGUGCGGAACUUUAGACAAAAAUAAAGAAUCGGGUGUUAUAAUUUAUUUCUAAAGGACCCCAACAAUUCCCCCAAGAUCCCAUAUUACCCCCAUCCAACCUUCCUUCCCAACUACACCGAGACCAUUGA